CACGCACAGUCGCACACGCACACACUAGUAGUUUGACUGUUCUGUCAAGCCAUCAUCAGUCGGACGAAUUCAACUUUAUUCUUCUGGACAACAUCUCUUAUGUAUCUUUUCUUCGAGUUUAUCCAGUUUGUCGAUGGUUCUACGGCGAGACCACAGAACCAUUUGCAGCUGGACUGGGACCUAUUUCUGAGCUGAUGUCGACAAAGCUGAAGCGAGGGAAACCAGGGACUUGACUGCAGUCCAACUGGCGAGGCUUUUCCCAGAGACAACUACACAGUGUUUUCUGCAAUUUAUGACGGUUUUACUCUGCCAGCUCGGCAUAACGAUGACCAGCAAAGAGCGGCAUGGAUUAUGUCUUGCACGUGAUAAACAUAGAUAAUGUUCAAGUGAAGUAUUUGGUCAACUUUUUAGUCAUUUAGACUACAAGCAUUCAAAUCUUGGAGAACUUGGUCAAGGUUUUUGAAGGUUCAUAUUUUGCAGUUGAGUUUGAAUUCUUUUAAAGACCAUUUCCAUUCUAUACAUACUUUUUAUAGUUAAGGCAAGUGAACAUGAAUCUGCAAGAAAAGCUCUCGGGCCUGAAGGGUCUGGUCACACACUCUCAAAGCAAACGGCGCUUUAAAGGCGACCUCACAGUGGACAUGAUCAGCCCCCCUCUGGGUGACUUUCGCCACACGAUGCACGUUGGCCGCGGCGGUGAUGUGUUCGGGGACACUUCCUUCCUCAGCAACCAUGGCGGCUCAACCAAUGGGGGCAAUGGCGAAACGGAGUCAAUGUCUACACCGGACAAUAAGCUUGGAGCGUAUUUCUCCAGGAAACUGCAACAAAUCCGCAGGGGCUCUGACAACCGACCCAGGGAGGUAUCCAAGGAUGCGGGACUGCCACCCCCGGCCAUUUCUCCUAUUAUCAAGAAUGCAGUCUCCCUCCCAAGGCUGGACGUGGAUAUGUGUAAUGGGAGUCCCGUCACCAAGGUGCUUUUUCCAAGUUCUCAAAGCACGCCAGGAGAAAGGACAAGUUCUUAUGGUUUGGAAUCUGGCUUUGUCACUCUUCCUCGUCUGUCCCGCUCUGAGCGCCAGCAGCCCUCCAUCUCCAACCCCGCCCCUUGCUCCUCCCAUGUGCAUCGCGGCUCUCUGACCGCCCCCACCGACGCCAAUUUAUCCACCGGCGCUACCACCGACCGCAAGUUCACCGCCUUCUCCGAUUCCCUCGGCUCCCUGGACACCUUUAACUUUGACCUGGGCCCCUCCCUCAUGAGUGAAGUUUUCGGCUUACUUGAGGGAGACAAUCCGGCCUGGGAGAGAGAUGACAUGGGGUCGGCGUGGGGGCUCACCAACGAGGGAUCGGAGAUGGACUCGGCCACAAUCUCGUACGUGGACUCCCUGCUGAGAGAGGACUGCGUGGGCGGGAAAAGUCCACACGUCACAGAAUGGGAUGACGACGACGUGGAGGUGAACGGAACGCCGAUGUCUGGGGGACUAGCAGAUACGCCGAGAGGAGGGUCACCCGAGCAAGCCAGUUUGGGCGUGAAAAUGGAGAGUGAGCGCUUCCAGAGUGCUGCCGAUGUGCUCGCACGCCAUUAUGGAGGUCAGGGCCUCUGGAAGGGACACGGCAGGGUGGAGGCGGCAGAUUCUGAGAUGAGGAGCGUGGGGCAGCUGAAGAAGAAAGUAUCCUACAGCUACACGGAUGAAGAUGAUGAUGAUGAAAUCAAAGUCUGACAGGGUAUAACACUUAACUCAAAAUAGGAUUGAAUUCUAACUAAACCAAUAAUCUCAACCUCAACAACUGGAUUCUUUAUUUAUACAGUGGAACCCGCUUAUGUUAAACAACUCAUGUAAUUACUUAAUUCGACGUUGACCAUUUUUAGGUCUUGUGGAAAAAUGUUGUAGUCUUCAUUAUUGCUAAGCCACAGCGUCACUACCAACUAGUUAAAGCAUUAAAACGUGCGGACAGUGACUUCCUGUUCAGAGCAAAAUACAAUUCAAAAUAAAAGCAUGGAGUCUACACCAACUUUUAAUUUUGUAGCUUGUUAACCACGGUAAUAAAUAUUUUUGCACGUACGAAAGUUUUAUUCUUGUCGUAGUCAAAACAUACAACACAAUUACUGUACUUUACGGACAAAUUAUAAACCCUGCGGAUUAUUGCUGGAUUGCAAUCACGUGACCUAGAGGAACUUUCUGGUUUCAGGCGAUAGUCUAGAGUCCUAUUAGGCUACUGUUUAUUUACAUGCAUCAGUGCAAAUUUACCGGUAGGUGUAUUUUGAAAGAUUUAGAGGCAAAUAUACAAAUAAUCUUUAAAAAAUAAUAAAAUGGGAUGGAAUGGAUUAAUACACUCUUAAGAAAAAUAUUUUUUGAAAGAUUUAAACCAUUCAUCAUAACCAGACGUUACUGCUCGCUACGACCUCACUUCCUUGGACACACACGGAUUUAGAGAAGAAAAUACUUAAUUUUUUUAGCAAACAGCUAAAUUAUGGAUUGGAUUUGGCAAAGAAAUCAAACUGUACUAAAAUGAUCCACAACUGUUCGACUUCAAAGUGUUUACAAAGUACAAGGAAUAAGAAUCCUGAUAAACAUACGGUAUUGAACUUUAUAUCAAAAAGAAUAGAAUAGAAGAUUUCUAUGUGAAUAUAAUAUCACAACGUACUGGUAUAUUUCUGCGGCUAAUAAUCUGUUGCAAAUUUAGUGGGUGCGGUUUAUAUGCCAGUGCGGUUUAUAGUCCGAAAACUACAGUACGCGUGUAAAAGAUUGUAAUGCCAGCAGAAUGACGACAAGGCAACGUCUUUGAUUGACAUCUCGAAAACAGCGGGGUUGGUUGUCACACUAACAUCUUACCCUUAAAUUAAAUAAAUGAAUUGGGAUCAGAGCUCACUGACAUAGUCUUCUCUGGAAUAAGACGGCUGAACAUGAGAUAAAAACUUCUUGUAUUUUCAUGUUAAAUUGUAAAUAUUCAGCUGCUCAGUGUUUGUGUUCUGGACUUUUACAAUAUAAUCAAAAACAGUUGCCUAUGCAGAUUGUGUAACAACGCUAUUAUAUGUUUACGUUCAGCGUCACAAGCGGCCCACUGAAGGCAGUCAUAGUCAAUAAAAACGAAUUUGACACCCUUGGUUUAGAGUGUUGUUAGCUAGAUAACUAGUUGUCACGCGGUUGUUAGCCUUGAUACUGGCAAAAAGUUCCAGUUGUAAUUGGUUGUCACGUACUUAUCGUACAUAUUACAUACUGCAUACACAAGGCUGGCCUACAGAUGUGUAGGCAUACAGAUGCAUGUUUUACCUUUUAUUUAAAAUAUUUUUACCAUUAAAAUAAAAUUGCGUCAACCAUUCCUACCAUGAGGUAGCUGCUUGUCAACAUGUGUUGGUGUGUCAUUGACAGUUUUUUACCUCUUUGUUACGAGUUGUAAUAUGAGACAGAUGAACAUUUACAUCCAGCCCUUCAAUUUAAAUUAGAAAUGAUUAUUGAAAGAUGUUUUGAUGAGCAAUUCACACCAAAGUAAACGGUGUGACAACCAACCCCGUUCUCGUGAACCGAAUAUGCAAGACGCACUCCACAUGUCGCUACACAAUGCGCAAAGACUAUGUCACUUCCUGUCGACUUAUUUCGAUCAGUCAUUACGUUUGUGUACGCGGUCACUGUCACCUGGUUUAAAAAUGUGUGUUGUUCUUUAUAAAACACUACAUACAAAACACAUCACAGCUGAGAACCACACAUAAUACUCAUGACGCAAUACAAAAGCAGAAGAACCCACAUGAAAAUAUGCACAAAUGGAGGAAAACAAUGUCAACAAAGUGAAAUAGGUUUAAAACUCCUUUAUUAGCGUUCAUUCUCUUUUAGAUAUGGCUAAAGUCUCAAGAAAAUGUACACGCAAUGCUUUGUUUUGAUUUGGGCUCUGUCGACUUAUGCCUACAUCGGUCUGAGGGACGUUGAGAUAAGCGAGUUCCACUGUACUUUAUAAUGAUGCAACAAGACUUUGGCUGAGGAAACACUAAUGUCACUGCACAUAUAAGUCAUGCCAUUCAAUUUAUACGCUAAACUUCCACCUGCAUGACAGGAGUACUUUGCACUUGUCUUAAAUCUAUAACGGAACAAAAUGAACACAAACAGUGAGUUGAAGGAGGCCAUGUGUCCCAGGCCUAAAUUCAGAGAGGGAUGGCCAUCCAAAGUCACUUUUAUUCCAGACUUUUUGACUCAUAUCAGUUGAUAAUCCUGCAAUAUGAUAUGACCAAUACGAGUAGUAUGUAAUGCAGACCUUUUAUAGAAAUACUAUGUGCUCCUUUAAUGAAGAGGAACUUGUAUAUGUUUUAAUAGACAAAUCAUAUUUCCUGUUAUUUACUUCCUAUACAAAUGUACAUGAAAAUAUCAACUGACCUCCCCUAUAAAUAUGUACUUACAAUAUAGCACCUUCAGUCCAAGUUUUAUAUGUAAAUAUUCAUCUCAGUGAGAAUAUAAUGCAAAGUUCUUUGAUUUCAGGAGUUCAAAUUUGGCUAAAAGGCUAAUUAAAGCUAUAAGUGUAGUUUACAAUAUUCAACCACAUAUGAGAUACUGAAUUUGAGGCUUUUAUUAGCAAUAAGUGUAAAAAAUAUAUUGAACACGUUCUCGAAAUUAUUCAUUCUCUUUAUUUGAACUACUGAAAUAAAUGAAUUUUUUCAAAAUAUUCUAGCUGGAUGAGAGACUCGUGUAAACAUCACACUAUGAUGUCAUUCAUUGGAAAUAAACAUGCUUUUUUUUCAACGUGGUGGAGACAUUAUGGGCCAGGAGCCGAAAUAAAUAUUUGAUGUCAA